AUGUGUUUUUCACUGGGAGGCAGAGAGGAGAGCAGGUGGGAGGAGGCGCAGAGAUGGCAGGACAUACCGAGGCGGAAGGAAGGAAGGAAGGAAGGCUGGGGGAGGAGAGAGAGAGAGAGAGAGAGAGAGAGAGAGCAGGUGAUUUGUUUGGCCGGGCGAGCGGAGAGCGGAUCUAAUGUCCAUCUGCUCUGGCAGGCGGAAACAACAGGUCCCCCUCACACCAGAACUGGACCUUCUGCUGAGCUCAGAGAGAACGGCGAGGUGGACGAGAGUUCAGGAGUGUGUGUGUGUGUGUGUGUGUGUGUGUGA